AUGGUGGAUGAGGAUUCCGAUGACUAUGAGGCACUGCCGAAUACUAGUCCACUUUCACAACACAUGCUAGCCGGUGCUUGUGCAGGCAUAAUGGAGCAUAUUGUAAUGUAUCCUGUUGAUUGUGUUAAGACUCGAAUGCAGUGUCUCAGACCAAUGGGUGGUGGUACUAAUUGUCCUGGCCUACUUACUGGCCUAUAUCGUCUUAUUCUGCAAGAAGGAAUCCCUGGAACACUGAAAGGCAGUGGUGCAGUGAUAUGGGGCGCUGGGCCAGCGCAUGCUGCUUAUUUUGGAUGUUAUGAAAAAAUGAAAUCAUUCUUAACAACAGUAUCUAUGGGAACAAGUCAUGUAAAUCAUAUGAUAGCGGGGACUUGUGCCACUUUACUACACGAUGCUGUCAUGACUCCUGCAGAUGCUGUUAAACAACGCCUACAAAUCUAUAACAGUCCAUAUCAUAAUUCAUUUGAUUGUCUACGUCGUAUUUGUGUAACAGAAGGGCCAAAAGCAUUGUAUAAAGCCUAUUUUACACAAUUAUCCAUGAAUAUACCCUAUCAGACUAUACAUUUUGUGUGUUAUGAACAAGCACAAAGCGUACUGAAUCCAAAUCGUCAAUAUCUACCCUGGUCGCAUAUAUUAUCCGGCGGGAUAGCUGGUUGUUUUGCUGCAGCUUUUACAAAUCCUUUGGAUGUAUGCAAAACACUGUUAAAUACACAGGACCGUUGUAUGUCAAAAAAUCUAUGCCGUGGUCAUUUUACACAAUCCUAUAGACCUGAAUUCCGUGGAUUAUUUAGUACAGCUAAAUAUGUAUACGAUAUAGCCGGCGUGAAAGGCUUUACUCGAGGUAUGAGUGCUCGAGUGUUAACAGCUGUUCCUGGUACUGCAUUAUCCUGGUCAGUUUAUGAAUAUUUUAAAUGGCGAUUAAAACAACCAACAAAACCACCUUCUGCUGGACCAUCAGAUUUCACUGGUGCCGGUGGUGUUGGUGGUGUUGCCAGUUCUGGUAUUCAUAAAAUCGAUAUUUCACCAAUGGAAAAGCUGUGUGUUACAGCUAGCUCUACCAGUUGGUUGUCUACUUCUACAGAUCUAACAUGUACAGCAGCGGCAGCCGCAGUAACUUCAAGUGGUAGUGGUAGUCCUGCGACAACGUCGACGACGACUAGUCCACGAACAAGUAGUAUACAGGAGAAAACUCGUUGA